AUGCCACUCCUACGAAAGACAAUACUUCUUUUAUUUAUUGUAUCGGUGUUCUCGCAUAAAUCUUUCUAUAGAACCCUUAACGAUGGAAACAAAAUUCCUUCUAUUGCUAUGGGAACCUUCAGUUUAAAAAAUCCAAAGCAGUCAGUGCUUAUGGCAGUGAAAGCAGGUUUUAGACAUAUCGAUACAGCGAAAUUCUAUCGAAACGAAUAUCAAGUUGGGCAGGCGAUACACGAACUAAUUGAGACUGGAGUGGUUACCAGAGACGAGUUGUUCAUCACUGGAAAGCUUGAAAACGAAGAGCAUGACAGAAAACAGGUAAAACCGGGGCUCGAGGGAACGUUGAAGAGACUAGGCCUGAAAUAUAUAGACCUCUAUCUCAUCCAUUCUCCAAUGGCAACAGGGGUCAAUCAAAAUUAUCCCAAUCUUGGUUUACUCUCCUACUGCUUGGAGCAUAACAUCCAGGUUAUGGCGUAUGCUCCAUUCGGUUUCAUGGUCCCACGGUUUGUUAGUUAUAGACCUAUCAGGCCAAAGAUUGACGAUCCAUACUUGACUAAAUUAGGCGAAAAAUAUGGAAAGGAUACCACUCAAAUUGUUCUGCGAUAUCUGAUCGACCGCAACACCAUACCAAUUCCUCGGUCCGACAAUCACACGCACAUAACAAGCAACAUCGACGUGUUUGACUUUAGUCUGACACAGAAUGAAAUCCUGAACAUCAACGAAUUUAAUAUUGACACCAAAGUAUAUGUUUUGGGCGCUUUGAAAGACCAUCGUUAUUACAGUUUUAAUACAUGUUAA